GUUUUCUCUCCACCUCUCGGUGGUGGAAUACAAGUUUAUCAUCCAGCCAGGGACGGGACGGUCUCCUCUGCCGCUCCUCUCCUCCAUCUGUCGGCUUGCACUGGGCUUUUUCUCCUGUAUGGUGGAUAUCCUGAUUAAUACUUCUUUCUUGGAUGAUAUGGGGGAUCAUUCCAAAAAGAAGUCGGGAAUCGCAAUGUGUGUGGGCUGUGGGAGUCAGAUACACGACCAGUACAUCCUGAGAGUCUCCCCGGACCUGGAGUGGCAUGCAGCCUGCCUCAAGUGUUCAGAGUGCAGCCAGUACCUGGACGAGACCUGCACUUGCUUCGUCCGAGACGGAAAGACUUACUGUAAAAGAGAUUAUGUUAGGCUAUUUGGCAUCAAAUGCGCAAAGUGUAACAUGGGCUUCUGCAGCAGCGACCUGGUGAUGAGAGCCCGGGAUAAUGUGUAUCACAUGGAGUGUUUUCGGUGCUCGGUGUGCAGCCGACACCUCCUGCCAGGAGACGAGUUCUCUCUGCGGGAUGACGAGCUCCUGUGUCGGGCGGAUCACGGCUUGCUGGUGGAUCGGGCCUCCGCUGGGAGCCCGCUUAGCCCGGGGAAUAUUCGCUCCAGACCACUGCACAUCUCAGACUCGGUUUCGGUGCGGCAUCCUCCUCAUCACCGGAACCACGUCCACAAGCAGUCUGAGAAGACCACCCGGAUCCGGACGGUGCUGAACGAGAAGCAGCUCCACACUCUGAGGACCUGCUACAACGCCAACCCGAGGCCGGACGCUCUGAUGAAGGAGCAGCUGGUGGAGAUGACCGGCCUGAGCCCCAGGGUGAUCCGCGUCUGGUUUCAGAACAAACGCUGCAAAGACAAGAAGAAGUCCAUCCUGAUUAAGCAGCUCCAGCAGCAGCAACACAGUGACAAAACCAAUCUGCAGGGCCUGACAGGCACACCUCUGGUGGCAGGCAGCCCUAUCCGUCACGACAACACCGUGCAGGGGAAUCCUGUGGAGGUGCAAACCUACCAGCCACCGUGGAAAACUCUCAGCGACUUCGCCCUGCAGAGCGACCUGGACCAACCCGCCUUCCAACAGCUGGUGUCCUUCUCUGAGUCGGGCUCACUGGGCAACUCCUCGGGCAGUGACGUGACCUCUCUGUCGUCUCAGUUACCGGACACACCGAACAGUAUGGUGCCGAGUCCCGUGGAUACGUGA